UGAACCGCCGCCCUUCGCCACUCGCCUCUCUCGACUAUCGACGGCCGUCUGCGGCUGCCUCUCUCGUCGCCGGUCGCUCUCGCUCUCUGCCUCCCGGCUCCCACUCUCGCUCUCCGCCCUCCGCCCUUCGCCACUCGUCCGUCGCCCUCUCUCUUGUGUUGACUGUUGAGCCAUUGAGCCUAGGUACAGUAAAAGAGGUAGAGGAAAGUAAUUUGCUGCAGAAAUUAUCAGAAGCUUGCAUUGUUGAUUUCUCUUAGAUUGACUCUUCAACUGCACAAGCGAUGAUCAUAUCCUUGAGUCAAAAGCUUAGGGAAGCAGUUGAUUCUCUUUACCGACAAACUCAUGUCAACCCUCAAGCAUAUGCUCGUCUCGUCCUUGAUUGCGUUCGACUUAAUGAUGCCCAUCAAGCCAAACGCUUACAAUCUCACAUGGAACAACAUCUUUAUGAACCCACCACCACUUUCAUCCACAAUCGUCUCCUUCACGUCUAUGCCAACUCUUGCAAGCUUUUGGAAGCACAAAACCUGUUCGAUAAAUUGCCCCAAAGAGAUAUCUACACUUAUAACGCCAUGUUAAAAGCUUACUCCAAGACUGGUUCUGUGGAUGACUUGCAUGGGCUUUUGAAGAACAUGCCAUGUCGAGAUUCUGUGUCAUACAACACCGUGAUUACGGGUUUGGCUUCUAGAGGUUGUACAAGAGAGGCUUUGGAAGUGUUUGUUAAAAUGCAGAAAGAAGGAUUUGAGGUCACGGGGCAUACUUAUGUGAGUGUCUUGAAUGCAUGUUCACAGGUAUCGAAUUUGGGGUGUGGGAAGCAAGUUCAUGGAAAGAUUGUAGCUUCUGGUUUGGUGUUCAAUGGUUUUAUUUGCAAUGCUUUGACUGACUUGUAUGCGAAAUGUGGUGAGAUUGAUGUUGCUCGUUGGUUGUUUGAUUGCAUGAGCAAUAAGAGUGUGGUUUCGUGGAAUCUAAUGAUUGCUGGAUAUAUGAAAAAUGGGUUGCCAGAAAAAUGUGUAGAAUUGUUUUGUGAAAUGAAGUUAUCUGGUUUGGUGCCAGAUAAGUUUACAGUUUCAAAAGUUCUUGGUGCUUUCUUUCAAACAGGCCGAAUGGAUGAGGCAAAAAAACUUUUUGCAGAGGUUGAGGAGAAGGAUGCCAUUUCCUGGACGACAAUGAUUGUGGGUCAUGUGCAAAAUGGAAAGGAAGAGGAUGCCUUGGUGUUAUUUGGUGAGAUGUUAAUGGAGCAUGGUAUGGCAGACAAGUUCACAAUUUCAAGUGUGGUUAGUUCGUGUGCACGUUUGGCUUCUCUCUUUUAUGGUCAGGCAAUUCAUGGAAGAGCCGUUCACAUGGGAGUUGAUAAUGACACACUUGUGUCUAGUGCUCUUGUUGACAUGUAUUCUAAAUGUGGUGAACCAUCAGAGGCGUGGAAAAUUUUCACUACAAUACAUGCAAAAACAGUUGUUUCUUGGAAUUGUAUGAUUUUAGGUUAUGCUCAGAAUGGCAAGGAUCUAGAGGCUCUGAGACUUUACGAAGAAAUGCUAAAUAAUAACAUAAAACCAGAUAGCAUUACUUUUGUUGGCGUUCUUUCUGCUUGUAUCCAUGAAAGACUUACAGAUAGAGGAGAACACUAUUUUUGUUCAAUGACAGAAGAAUAUGGAAUCAUACCGACUUUGGAUCAUUAUGCAUGUAUGAUCAAUCUCGUUGGCCAUUCAGGUGAUACAGAGAAAGCUGUUGAAAUAAUAAAGGGUAUGCCUUAUAAACCUAAUAGUCUCAUUUGGUCUACCCUUUUGUCAGUAUGUAAACUGAAUGGUAACAUUGAACAUGGAGAAAUGGCAGCAAAACACCUAUUUGAGGUGGAGCCAUAUAAUGCUGAACCUUAUAUAACUCUUUCCAAUUUGUAUGCUGUUAAUGGUAGAUGGAAAGAUAUGGCAGCCAUUAGAUCUCUUAUGAACACCAAAAAUAUUAAAAAGUUUGCUGCAUUUAGUUGGGUGGAAAUUGAUGGAAAGGUACACAAGUUUGUUUCGGAAGAUCGAACUCAUCCAGAAUCAAAAGCUAUUUAUCGUGGAUUAAAUAGGCUGAUAAGAAAGCUAUUGAAAUCUGGCUUUACUCCAAACAAAAAUCUAGUCUUGCAUGAUGUGGGCGAUGACGAGAAGUUUCAAUCCAUAUGCUACCACAGUGAGAAAUUAGCUCUUGUAUAUGGGUUGAUGAGGAAGCCUGAAGGACGACAACCGGUUAGGAUUAUAAAAAAUAUUCGAGUUUGUGGUGAUUGUCAUGUGUUUAUGAAGUUUGUUUCAAAAAUGAUUGAUCGGACCAUCAUAUUGAGAGAUUCAAAUAGAUUUCAUCACUUUGUAAGAGGAUCUUGCUCAUGCAAGGACCUUUGGUGACCCUUUGAAGCAUUGGCUUUUGCUAAUCAUUAUACAUUUUUUAAAGGAAUUUACAAUGUAUCCACCCUAUAGUCAGACCGCUCAUUUCCUCUCUUCUUUUUGCCUUUAGAUUAUAUUAUAUUGUGGUUGAUGAUGUCUGCAGGUGGACGUUUAGGUGUCCCACUAUAACUAUGGGAACAAUCAAACCUAUAAUGUUGUAUCUAUACAAGAUUGUGUUUUUUGUGCGAUUUUAAUGGAGCUACAACAAGACUUGCUUCUUGUUAUGUGGACUGUAAGUCUCUUAAUCUUUUCCUUAUGUUGUUAGAAAGCAAGAAACGAGCUUAUGGCGUUUCUCAUUUGUGGUUGUCAUCAUUCAUCACAAUAUUAAGUAUGCUAAGGUGGUAUUCAUAUGAACUUUGAAUCAAAUGUAACAUCAAGGUACAUAUUAUUGACUUGUGAAGUUUGAGUUUGAUAUAGCUAUUCAGUUUUUGAACAGUUGUUACGAUAUUUACACACACAAAAAUGAAUCAUAGGAAUAGAAAGAAUUGACUACGGUUUUUACAUGAUUUAGCAAUUUGCCUAUAUACACAUGUAUUAUUAGAAGUGAGCACAAAUUAAUUUUUCUAGUUUUAUGGGACUGAACCGUUAUGUUUGGAUAAAUAUGCCGAUGUAUAUGUGAUCAAGAACUUCAAUAUUACUAAAAGUGAUUAUUACAACUUCAAGUUGUAGAAACACAUCAAAAAAGGAAUUUUCCUGCACCAACUUAUGAUAUGAAUGUAUGGUUUUCAUGUGUAAGAUUUCAAGUCUUUGUCCAUUUGAUUGUUGACCCAAUGCACUUUAAGAACUAAAAAUGUAAAACUUAUCUAAACCUUCUAUAGUUUUUAUAUUCUGAUUUCAAAUUUGUUUUCAAUUGUACCACUAUUCUCUAUUGUUCUUGAAAUUGUAUAGAAUAAUGGUUUGCAGGUUUCUGCAUGGUGUCAGCAAGUUUAAUGCCAUCACCUGGCUAUCCUAAUACAAACGGAUAUCUGAGAUCAAAGGUGUCAUCUGUCCCUUUUUCAUCAAACCUUCUAAAAAGUUUGUCCUCAUUUAAGAAGACAUUGUAUGCUAAGUUUUGGAUCUUCCAUUUGACGCAACCUUUCUUCAUCAAGGAUUCCGAGAGGAUGGCAUGGCAUAUAAGAAGCAGUGCAGAUGACAGCGGUUUAAAUCCCUCUUCCACAAAUAAUAACAGCAGAGGGACUAGACUCAUAAGAGCCAUACAAGCCUUUCAAAUCAAACUAAAUGCACGUUUUAAAGACCUGCGGAAGAAUCUUCCCUUGAAACUGCUGUUUUUCUUGACUGGUUUCUAUUGUUCAACAGCUUUUGCUACCGUGAUAGGACAAACAGGUGAUUGGGAUAUUCUUUCUGCCACUUUGGCUGUGGCUGUAGCGGAGGGGAUUGGAUCCCUCAUGUACACAUCUUUUCCUUUAUUCAAUAAAUUAAGGAACUUGGUCACCAUGUUCAAUU